CCUCCGCGGUCUAUCAUGUCGAGUACAGGUACCGGUAAUCCCGUUGCUGGCGGGUCUCGGAAAUUUUUUUGAAACCUGCUUGGGAAUCUGAGGCCAUGUCGGGUUUUACAUCUUCACGCUUUCUCCGAAUCGAGAGACCAAUCUAGGGCGCUGUUCAAGCGCGUCCUUUCCUCUUCCCACGAGGAGAGCGGGAUAGAUCACUGAGUGGUCUAUUACUUGUACAUGGGGACUCAUCUUCCGGCUCUGUCAUGGGAGCAGUAUCCCGCGUAUGACGCCUUUAUAAUACGCGUUUUGGGAAGAAGAAGCACUUCAUACCGGCAUGGUGUGCUUAUACCCUGUCUGGGCCGGUUAUCUCUCCGAUUGGGUCCUAUUUAAGCGUGGCAGCGGCACCCGCGGAAGCUCGAUGUUGGGCAUACGUCUCUGUUCCCCGUCCAUUCAUGCCGCUGUGCUUCAUGAUAAGAGUCACUCGAGGUUUUGGGGACGCUGAGGCUUGAGCGUUUGGGUGCAAGGUCACUCGCAUUGGCACACUCCCAUUGAUCCGGAUUGUGGGGAAUCUUUACUUCCCUUGCGCUUCAGUGGAGCGUAGUAGGGUUAUGUGUACAAGUACCGGAAAUAGCCAUGCAACAUUAGGGUCUGACAUGCGGGUAUGGGGGUCUGUUUGGGAGCGGAAAUGGCGUAUAUUCCGCAAAAGAAACACACUAAAGUCACCUCCAGAAACUGGCAGAUUCAAGGCAGAACGGGAAUAUGGGCGGGAAUGUCAGGUCCCUAGAAUACCCCUUUCUCCUUAUGAUAGGCUACUACUGGUAUUGUAUCCUGAGGAACGGAUAGCGCUCAAAUAAUGUGGUUCCGGCGUUCCUGGUAAUCUACCGGCUUGCCCGUUCGGAUAUAUAAUCCAGAUAAAAUAUCGCCGACGCUGGGUGAAACAGUUUCUAGAGUUCCACACGGCAACCCGGAGAAACAGCUCGGUGUGAGAUAUGGCGCAAUAAAUGGGACACAGUACGGUACGAGUACUCGAGUACAUUGCCUGCACUCGAUCAAGUACCGUACAGUAGCUGCACGGGCAUCAAUCAUACCGGCUCGUAUACUCGACGCUUCUACCAUACUGUUUGUGCGACUUAUUGUAUGAUACGGUAUUUGUGGUCGGUCAGUGCUCAGCGGUAUGAUAAUUAUGAUGUUGUCCGGUAUCAUAUGGGGGAUUGAGUUUGUAUCAGGGGGCAGGGCAAAGUGCAGCUUUGGUCUUUCUCGCGUCUCGGAAAUAUCCGUCUUGGCACACUGCGGUGGUCCUGCGGCUCCAAAAAAGUCUUCUGUCGUCUUACCAGACCUUCGGGCAAACACCUCUGCAACGGCCAUCAUCAUGGGUUCGACGAAGACAAAACGCAAGGAUGUCAGAGAUAAGAGUGCGAAGCGCAAGAGGAGAAAGAGGGCCCGCACUGAAGGUAUGCUUUCCCCGACGAUCGGGAGAGAAGACGGCGGUUAACUGCGACGAUAGUUUCCUCCAGCUCCGAGAGCAGUAGUAGUAGCGAGAGUGAAAAAGAGGUUGUUGGAAAGUUAGUGGAAACUCGAGAUGAAGGAGAAGAGAAGGCAGAGGAUGUAUGUAUCUCCAGCCCCUUGUGAAAUUGGUAACAAAAAAUAAUAAAUGAUAUGGCUAACAAUAAGAACCAGCCUAUGAUAGUUGAAGCUUCUGACUCUGACGCAGAGGUUGAUGCCGCAGCGAAAUUUUCUAAAGUACCCAAACCCAGUUGCCUACCCCACCCAUUAAAACCAAUGAGGAAAGGGGAAACACCUAACUAAUGAAGAAAUGAAUCAAAAAAAACGCAGAACGGCAAAAUCCCACCCCAAUUGCGAGACCUCCACGACUCCUGUGCCGACGAAAAAUUCCAAGAAUACUACAUGACCUACAUCACCCGCGAACACGCCGACGAUCUCGAAACCCUUCGCUCGGCAUCGGACUUCACCGAUCGCUCUCUGCCAUUACUUAUCCGUGCGCUCCGUUCAGGUGUGAACAUUUUCGACAAAGAGGAGAAAGCAACGAUCGUCGGUCUUGCUCAAGCGGGCGGGUCCCACUAGCUUGCCGACUCCGUAUCGAUGAGCCGGCUGUCUACAACGUAAUCCCUCGCACGGAAGGUGGGCGUUUUUUCCAGGGAUGGCCAGAGAGGGGGAGGUUUCUUGUCGUUAAGAGAGCGCUCUUCUCGGCGGAUUAGUGACUCUGUGCUGUCGAGUUUUGCACUGGUGAUUUUUAUGGUUGUUGAGAUGCGGGAUAUUAGGACCUUUUUACAUAUAUAUAUAAAAAGGAGUUACCAUUUUGUGUCGUUAGCCUGCGGUCUGUGAUUUGCAGAGGCGAUGGAGGGGAAAACCUCGAGUAGAUCAAUCUGCCUAUACACACUCUUCAAUUCCGUCGCGAUGGGAAUCAACCGUUCCGCCGUCGGCUCUAUGAUAUUCGAUAUCUGUGAUUGCGU